AUGGCACCGCUUCCCAUCAAGUUCACAGAACUGGUCAAUUUGACCAAUGUUGGCAUUGCGCAACAAUCCAUUGGUUUCUCCUCAUGUACUCUCGAAUCGGAUCACUAUGUCUGUGUUCGCCAAAAGCUCGAGGAGGACGACAAGCCCCAGGUUAUCAUCGUCGACCUGAAGAACAACAAUGAGGUGAUGCGGCGGCCGAUCAACGCUGACAGUGCGAUCAUGCACUGGAACAAGAACAUUAUCGCCCUCCGCGCCCAGGGCCGGACAAUCCAGAUCUUCGACCUUGCGGCCAAGUCAAAGCUCAAGUCCGCCGUUAUGAAUGAAGAUAUCGUCUACUGGAAGUGGCUCAGCGAGAAGUCAUUGGGUCUGGUUACCGACACCGCCGUUUACCACUGGGAUGUCUAUGAUGCCUCCCAGGAGAACCCGGUGAAGAUGUUUGACCGUCUUCCCAAUCUUUCCGGAUGCCAAAUCAUCAAUUACCGCGUCAACUCGCAAGAUAAAUGGAUGGUUGUUGUUGGUAUCAGCCAACAGCAAGGUCGCGUUGUUGGAUCUAUGCAGCUCUACUCCAAGGAGCGCGGUAUUUCACAGUUCAUUGAGGGCCACGCCGCUGCCUUCGCCGAUAUCAACGUUGAGGGCUCUCCUUUACCCCACCACCUCUUUACAUUCGCCGUGCGUACCGCGACCGGUGCCAAGCUGCAGAUUGCCGAGAUCGACCACCAAGAACCCAACCCGCGAUUCCAGAAGAAGGCCGUCGAAGUGUACUUCCCCAGCGAAGCCGUCAAUGACUUCCCCGUUGCGAUGCAGGUAUCAUCCAAAUACGAUGUUGUCUACCUGGUUACGAAGUAUGGAUUCAUUCACCUUUACGAUCUCGAGACCGGUACUUGUAUUUUCAUGAACCGGAUCUCCAGCGAAACCAUCUUCACCACCGCCUCUGAUAUGGAUGGACAGGGCCUGGUUGGUGUCAACCGUAAGGGUCAAGUUUUGUCAGUCAGCGUCGACGAGAGUACCAUCAUUGAAUACCUCAUGAACAACCCCGCCAUGUCUUCUCUUGCCGUGAAGCUUGCUUCUCGGGCGGGUCUCCCGGGUGCUGAUCACUUGUAUCAGCAACAAUUCGACCAGCUCAUCAGCACCGGCCAGUUCGCCGAGGCUGCCAAGAGCGCUCCUCAAGAGGGUAACAUGUCCGUCAUUCUUCAGUACUUCGGUAUGCUUCUGGAUAAGGGUUCGCUCAACCGCUACGAGAGUGUGGAGCUUGUUCGUCCCGUCUUGCAGCAGAAUCGCAAGCACCUGCUGGAAAAGUGGAUGCGCGAGAAUAAGCUGGAGUCUUCGGAAGAGCUUGGAGACAUCAUUCGCCCAUACGACAUGGCUCUGGCUUUGAACGUCUACCUUCAGGCCAAUAUUCCCAACAAGGUUGUCGCCGGCCUCGCCGAGACUGGUCAAUUCGACAGGAUUCUUUCCUACUCCAAGGAGGCCAACUACCAGCCCGACUACACCCAGCUCCUGCAACACAUUGUCCGUGUCAACCCCGAGAAGGGAGCCGAGUUCGCUACUCAGCUCGCCAACGAGGAGGGCGGUGCUCUCGUCGAUCUUGACCGCGUUGUGGAUGUGUUCCUCUCCCAGAACAUGAUCCAGCAGGCCACCUCCUUCCUCCUCGAUGCUCUCAAGGAUAACAAGCCCGAGCACGGCCACCUGCAGACUCGCCUUCUGGAGAUGAACCUUGUCAAUGCUCCUCAGGUCGCCGACGCCAUUCUAGGCAAUGAGAUCUUCACUCACUAUGAUCACGCUCGCAUCUCUCAACUUUGCGAGCAAGCCAAUCUCAUUCAGCGCGCCUUGGAGAACUCCGAUGACCCUGCUGUCAUCAAGCGCAACAUUGUUCGCACUGACAUGCUGACUCCCGACUGGUUGAUCAACUACUUCGGUCGUCUGUCUGUGGAACAGACCCUCGAGUGCAUGGACACCAUGCUCGAGAACAACAUCCGCCAGAACCUGCAGGCUGUCGUUCAGAUUGCUACCAAGUUCUCCGACCUCAUCGGACCUAACCGUUUGAUCGAUCUUUUCGAGAAGUACCGUACCGCCGAGGGUCUCUACUACUACCUGGGAAGUAUCGUCAACCUCAGCGAGGAUGGCGAGGUGCACUUCAAGUACAUCGAAGCCGCCACUGCCAUGAGCCAGCUCACCGAAGUCGAGCGUAUUUGCCGUGAGAGCAACUACUACAACCCCGAGAAAGUUAAGAACUUCCUCAAGGAGGCUCACCUGUCCGAGCAGCUCCCUCUCAUUAUUGUCUGCGACCGUUUCAACUUCAUCCACGACCUUGUUCUCUACCUGUACCAGAACCAGCAGUUCAAGUCUAUCGAGGUCUAUGUCCAGCGCGUGAACCCCUCUCGUGCUCCUGCGGUUGUUGGCGGUCUGUUGGAUGUUGACUGCGAGGAGAGCAUCAUCAAGAACCUCCUGUCCACCGUUGAUCCCUCGGUCAUCCCCAUUGAUGAGCUCGUUACCGAGGUUGAGAGCCGCAACCGUCUCAAGCUGCUCCUGCCCUUCCUCGAGGCUACCCUUGCCACUGGUAACCAGCAGCAAGCUGUGUACAACGCCCUCGCCAAGAUCUACAUUGAUAGCAACAAUGAUCCCGAGAAGUUCCUGAAGGAGAACGACAUGUACGACACCUUGACUGUCGGAAAGUACUGUGAAAAGCGUGACCCCAACCUGGCCUACAUUGCCUACCGCAAGGGCCAGAACGACCUGGAGCUCAUCAGCAUUACCAACGAGAACGCUAUGUACCGUGCCCAGGCCCGCUACCUUGUUGAGCGUGCGGACGCCGAGGUCUGGACUUUUGUCCUCAGCGAGAACAACAUCCACCGCCGUUCGCUUGUUGACCAGGUCGUUGCCACUGCUGUCCCCGAGUCCACCGAGCCUGACAAGGUUUCCGUGGCCGUUAAGUGCUUCCUCGAUGCCGAUCUCCCCGGCGAGCUUAUUGAGCUUCUUGAGAAGAUUAUUCUGGAGCCUUCGCCAUUUAGCGACAACGCCAGCCUGCAAAACCUCCUGAUGCUGACUGCUGCCAAGGCUGACAAGGGUCGUCUGAUGGACUACAUUCACCAGCUCAACGAGUACUCUGCUGAUGAGAUCGCUGAGAUGUGCAUCAGUGUUGGCUUGUAUGAGGAGGGUUUCGAGAUCUACAAGAAGGUCAACAACUUCCUGGCUGCCGCCAAUGUCCUUGUUGAGAACAUCGUCAGCAUUGACCGGGCUCAGGAGUUCGCCGAGCGGGUUGAGCUGCCUGAUGUUUGGAGCAAGGUUGCCAAGGCCCAAUUGGAUGGUCUGCGUGUGUCUGACUCUAUCGAGUCGUAUAUCCGUGCUGCUGAUCCCUCCAACUACAAUGAGGUUAUCGAGACCGCCACCCACGCCGGCAAGGAUGAGGAUCUCGUCAAGUUCCUUCGCAUGGCUCGCAAGACUCUGCGCGAGCCGGCCAUCGAUACCUCCCUCGCUUUCUGCUUCGCUCGUCUGGACCAGCUUCCCGAACUUGAGGACUUCCUGCGCACCACCAACGUCGCUGACAUCGAAACCUCCGGUGACAAGGCCUACGAGGAGGGUUACCACCAGGCUGCCAAGAUCUUCUUCACCAGCAUCUCUAACUGGGCUAAGCUGGCCACCACCCUGGUGCACCUUGAGGAGUACCAGGCCGCCGUUGAGUGUGCCCGCAAGGCCAACAGCGUCAAGGUCUGGAAGCAGGUUAACGAGGCCUGCGUUGACAAGAAGGAGUUCCGUCUCGCCCAGAUUUGCGGUCUGAACCUGAUUGUUCACGCCGAGGAGCUCCAGGCCCUUGUGCGCCAGUAUGAGCGCAACGGUUACUUCGACGAGCUGAUCUCCGUCUUGGAGGCUGGUCUCGGCUUGGAGCGAUCUCACAUGGGUAUGUUCACUGAGCUGGGCAUUGCUCUGUCCAAGUACCACCCCGACCGUGUUAUGGAGCACCUCAAGCUGUUUUACACUCGUCUCAACACCCCCAAGAUGAUCCGCGCUUGCGAGGAGGCGAACCUGUGGCCGGAGCUGGUCUUCUUGUACUGCCACUACGAUGAGUUUGACAACGCAGCUCUGGCUAUGAUGGAGCGUGCGGCCGAUGCCUGGGAGCACCACUCGUUCAAGGACAUCAUUGUCAAGGUUGCCAACCUGGAGAUCUACUACCGUGCCUUGACCUUCUACCUGCAGGAGCAACCCCUCCUCAUCACCGAUCUUCUGCAGGCCCUCACUGCCCGUAUCGACGUAAACCGUGUCGUUCGCAUCUUCCAGAGCUCCGAUAACAUUCCUCUGAUCAAGCCCUUCCUGCUUAACGUCCAGACCCAGAACAAGCGUGCGGUCAACGACGCCAUCAAUGAGCUUCUGAUCGAGGAGGAGGACUACAAGACUCUCCGUGAUUCCGUUGACAACUACGACAACUUCGACGCUGUUGAUCUGGCUGUGCGCCUGGAGAAGCACGAUCUGAUCUUCUUCCGCCAGAUUGCCGCCAGCAUCUACCGCAACAACAAGCGUUGGGAGAAGUCUAUCGCCUUGUCCAAGCAAGAUAGGCUAUACAAGGAUGCCAUUGAGACCGCCGCCAUCUCAACCAAGUCCGAGAUUGUGGAGGAGCUCCUUCGCUACUUCGUCGAUAUUGGAAGCCGCGAGUGCUACGUUGGCAUGUUGUACGCCUGCUACGAUCUCAUCCGCCCUGACGUGAUCAUGGAGAUCUCAUGGCGCAAGGGCCUGCACGACUUCACCAUGCCGUUUAUGAUCAACUUCCUCUGCGAGCAGACUCGUGCGAUCGAGACACUAAAGAAGGAUAACGAGGAGCGCAAGUCCCGCGAGACGACCCACACAACCGACCAGGACAACACCCCGAUCCUGGGUGGCUCUCGGCUGAUGCUGACCCAGGGCCCCGGUGGUCCCGCCCCUGCCAGCUCCAUGCCAUACGGACAAGCUAACGGGAUCACCCCGCAAGCUACGGGAUACCGCGCCUUCUAG